AUAACACAAUAACAAAGAAAAUAAAAGCAAAGGUUUGAAUCGACGAUUCUCUUGCCGGCACCUACCUAAUAUAAUCUUUAAUCAACUUUUAAUCGUGUAUUUUUACUUCAAUCACAAAAUUCAGCGGAAAACUCGAAAAAUCAAUAAUUUACAACCGAAUCAGCUUAAUUUUGUGAACAAUUUGUCUCAAAAACUCGCUAAAAUCAUGUUGCUCGGCGACGUGUUUCCCGACUUUGAAGCGGAAACCAGCAUUGGAAAAUUAAAAUUCUGGGACUGGUCACGCGGCUCGUGGACCAUCCUCUUUUCUCACCCAGCGGACUACACACCCGUCUGCACCACAGAGCUGGCAAGGGUUGCAAAAUUAACAGGAGAAUUUGCAGCCAGGAACAUCAAAGUCAUUGCCCUGUCCAUCGACUCUGCAGAAUCUCAUCUCGGAUGGAUCAAAGAUAUUAAAAAGUACGGCGGCCUGGACGAGUCUGCGGAUUUUCCUUUCCCCAUCAUUGCUGAUGAAAAUCGACAAUUAGCCACUCAAUUUGGCAUGUUGGACCCAAAUGAAAUCUCAGCCAAAACAGGCCUUCCUCUCACUGCCAGGACUGUCUUCGUCAUCGAUCAAGAUCACAAACUUCGUUUAUCUUUACUUUAUCCUGCCACCACUGGAAGAUCAUUUGAUGAGAUUCUAAGAGCUGUGGACUCUCUACUGCUGACUGAGAAAUUCAAAGUCGCGACACCUGCUGACUGGAAGGUUGGCGACAAAUGCAUGGUCCAGCCUAGCGUUCCAGAUGCUGAUCUGGCAACUCUGUUUCCAAAUGGUGUUGAGAGGGUGGAAGUUCCGUCCGGAAAGGGUUACAUUCGUCUGACGCCCCAGCCUGAUGCUAAGUAAAUGAGUACAGCACAAAGAAUUUUCUCUUAUUUUUGGAGACUGAGUGAAAAUCAAUAAAUUGUCAUGGCAAGAAA